CGAGAGAUGAGGACCAAAAAUUUAACCGUUUUAUGCACGGUGAUGACAAGGAUUUUAGAUGUUGGAUGUUGAAUAUUAGAAAUGUUGCGGAAUUGUUGAUCUCCUCGUUAUAUUAGGGUCAACCGUCAACGUAUAGACAGAAGUGGAUCACUUCCACUUCGUUUAAUUUAUACGAAGUUAAAAUUUACGACCGUUUAGAAAACAGAUCGGAACGAUCAGCAAUCGAGGCCAGUCAGAUGGAAUUAUAUCCAGCUCCCAGAUUCUGGCUAAGAUCUCAGUCAAUCCAAUAUUUGAAAGUUGGCCACCAAUCUUUGUAGUAUCUCCUUAAAAUACUUCUGAAUUGCUUAGACAGUGGGAUUAUAGUCUUUUCCCCUUUUAAUUGGAUUCCAACUGGUCUAUGGGUCAAAAGCAACCAAAAUUAAAACAAGAUGCAGUUGAAGAACUACUAAACCAAACAUCUUUUACGGAAACUGAAAUUCAAGACUGGUAUAAAGGGUUUUUGAAGGAAUGCCCAACUGGUUAUUUAUCUAUUGAUGAUUUUAAACGUGUUUAUACAAAGUUUUUCCCAUAUGGUGAAUCUAGUCGGUUCGCAGAGUAUGUAUUUCGUACAUUUGAUCAAAAUCAUGAUGGUUUGAUUGACUUUCGAGAUUUUCUAUCCUCAUUAAAUAUAACUAAUCGUGGUGACUUAUCACAGAAAUUACGUUGGGCAUUCACGAUGUAUGAUUUAGACAAUGAUGGUUAUAUAUCAAAACAAGAUUUAAUUGAGGUUCUUACUGCUAUUUAUGCAAUGGUUGGCUCUGCUGUUGAAUUCAGUGUUACAGAUUCUACACCGGAAAAACGAGCAGAGAAAAUAUUUCAGUUGAUGGACUUAGAUAGAGAUAAUCGUUUGUCAUUAGAUGAAUUUAUAAAUGGUGUAAAAUGUGAUAAAUUAUUAAUGCGUUUGUUGACUUUCAAUACUCAUUCGUUGCAUCAUCAACAUUCAGAUUGUCUAAUGAAUGGAUCAAAUGAUAACAAAGGAUGGUCAUGUACAGAUACCCAUUAUAAUCAUCAAUCUAAUGAUUAUGAUAAUACAGUCAAGCCAAUUGUAAAUCAAUCAUUUCCCAAACAGAAUGUUAUUCCUGAUACCUCAGAGUCUUAAAGCAGAUUCAUCUUUUUGCAUAUGAAACUAUAUAUAUAUAUAUAUAUAUAUAUAUAUAUAUAUAUAUAUAUAUAUAUAUAUAUAUAUAUGAUUUGUAAAGGUAAUUAUCUUGAUAAAUCUGAUCUUUAAAACUUCUUGAUAUAUUAUUAUACUAGAUUGUUUUCAGAAUGGGGGUUUGUGAGGAUUGCAGUAAUCUUAAUAGUUAAAUUCAUAAGUUGAUCUAAGCUAGACUACUAUUGAGUGGGUGCGCACUGCUGAGGAGUCCCGCAUUAGUAAAAAACCGGCCAUCUAGUGCUUUCAGGUUUUUAGUGGUGGUCUAACUUAGAUCGACUCAUUAAUUCAACUAUUAAUGUUAUACUAGAUGUUUAUUAUUUUAUCAGUACAUAUGUUAUAAGGUUAUUUGAUUUUUACGCUCAUACAUACUUGUAACUUCUGAAAUUUCUCUUCAUGAAACAAAAGAUAGUUUUCUCUCAUGAUUAGUUAACUCAAAUAAGAAUAAAGAAGUGUUGUGUAUUGCCUUGUAA